CUGCCCGCGACCCCGUCCCCGUCCCCGGACCGUGACCGGACAGGACCCGGCCCCAGCGGAGCAGCCCGGCGCAGCAAGCAGCCCGCCCCUGCGAGGGGGAGCAGCCGGGCCCCGGCAGAGCAGCGCGCUCCGGCAGGAGCAGAUGCCCUGAGGUUUGUCGGUCUCAUCACUAUAGACGUUGCCUGGGUAAAACUCUUUACUGUGCCUCUUCAUUUGCUCUGCUUGAGGAAGGGAAGCCAGCUGUAUUAAUGCCUAGACUGCUUGAAUGACAGAUUAAUCAGCCACUCGAUGGGGAUUACCAGUGGAGCAGCUCUUUGUGUCACCUUUCAACCUUUGUGUAGCAAACAAAACAACUUCAGCACCUCUUCAAUAAUAAUUAUGAAACUGGUAUUAACUGAAUGGCAAUUAUGGAUUUUUAACUCUAGUUCACAGUAAGCAAAACGCAAGCCCAGCAAGCCAUAUGUUGAAUUUCCUACCAAAUAGCUUUUUGUUCCUCUGAAUGUUUCAACGCCUACACACGAAAUUGAUGACGGAACCUGUUCGUAACGAGGGGAAUUACAAAUAUUGCUUGCACGAGGAACGCGACGCCAUCAGAAAGAGAAGACACCGUAACUUAUCGUUAGAGAUGAUAGUGUUAUUUAUAUAGAUAGAAUAAAUAAAUAAAUAUAUAAAUAUAUAUUAUAUAUAUUUUUAUGGUAAUGAAAAUGGCUCCCCAGAAUGCUGACUCGGAAUCUAUGCAAGUUCAAGAGCUACCCGUGGUUCAGCUUCAGAAACCGGAAAACGAGAAUGAGAGUAAGGAAGAGACCAUAAGCGAAGGAUCCAUAGAUCGGAUACCUGUUCGUCUCUGGGUGAUGCACGGGGCCGUGAUGUUUGGCAGAGAGUUCUGUUACGCCAUGGAGACAGCUUUGGUGACGCCAGUAUUGUUACAAAUUGGUCUUCCUGAACAGUACUACAGCCUCACUUGGUUCCUCAGCCCAAUCCUGGGCCUGAUCUUCACUCCUCUAAUAGGUUCGGCUAGUGACCGCUGUACUCUCAGCUGGGGCCGCCGGCGGCCUUUUAUCCUUGCCCUCUGCAUUGGUGUUCUCUUUGGAGUUGCCCUUUUCCUGAACGGCUCCAUUAUAGGCCUGGCUAUCGGAGAUGUCCCAGACAAGCAACCCAUCGGCAUCGUUCUCACUGUGCUGGGUGUGGUGGUCUUGGAUUUCUGUGCUGAUGCGACGGAGGGGCCGAUCCGGGCCUAUCUGCUGGACGUGGUGGACAGCGAGGAACAGGACAUGGCGCUCAACAUCCACGCCUUCUCAGCUGGUCUCGGAGGGGCCAUUGGCUACAUGCUGGGAGGCCUCGACUGGAUGCAGACGUUCUUUGGGGUCAUCUUCGUCUCCCAGGAGCAAGUCCUCUUCUUCUUUGCCGCCAUCAUCUUCUCCGUCUCCGUCGUCCUCCACCUUUGCAGCAUUGAGGAGGAGCAAUACAACCCCCAGCAGGACAGGAUCGACGACGAAGCCGACACCCUUUCGAGCGUCAAGCUGAGCGGCAGCCUCCCUCCCCUGAGCCGCCUGAACGUCAUCAGCGAGGAAGACCAUUACAGGAGCUCCAUGUACCGGGACGAGGUGCAGUCUGAGCAGGACCUCAACAUGGACUUCCUUGACGUGGACAUUGUCCGCAGCAAGAGCGACUCUGUCCUACACAUGCCCGACGCCACCUUGGAGAUGGAAUCCGAGCUGCUUUUCCUCCACGAAAUCGAGCCUUCCAUCUUCCAGGACUCUUCCUACCCCAACACCCCGCACAGCGCCAGCCAGGAGUACAUGAAGUCCAAAUUCAACCGCCUGUCUGCUUUCCUCAGGGAGAACGAGAAGGAGGAGGACAUGUUACUUGAUAAUCACUUGAACGAAGCCAAAGCCCCGAACAGCAACGGCUCCCUACCAAAAGACCUCCUGAACGGGCACACGAGGAUCGGCAUGAAGCAGUCGAGCACCUCCAACUCCAUGCGCAGGCGCAAGCACAUGUUCUACCGGCAGCCUUCCCACACCUUCUCCUACUACGGCAAGAUCGGCUCCCACCGCUACCGCUUCCGGCGGGCCAACGCCAUCGUGCUGAUCAAGUCCUCGCGGAGCAUGAACGAUAUCUACGACAUGCAGAAGAGGCAGCGGCAGAGGUACCGGCACAGGAACCAGAGCGGCACCACCAACUCCAGCGGCGACACCGAGAGCGAGGAAGGCGAGACCGAAACCACCGUCCGGCUCCUGUGGCUGUCCAUGCUGAAGAUGCCCAAGGAGCUCCUGCGGCUCUGCGUCUGCCACCUCUUGACCUGGUUCUCCAUCAUCGCCGAAGCCGUGUUCUACACCGACUUCAUGGGGCAGGUCAUUUUCAACGGCGACCCCAAGGCCCCUUCAAAUUCCACCGAACUGCAUGCCUACAAUGCCGGCGUUCAGAUGGGCUGUUGGGGAUUGGUCAUCUACGCUGCUACUGCAGCUGUAUGUUCAGCCUUGCUACAGAAAUACUUGGACAACUACGACCUCAGCAUCCGAGUGAUCUACAUCCUGGGCACUCUGGGCUUCUCCAUCGGCACGGCAGUGAUGGCCAUGUUCCCCAAUGUGUACGUCGCCAUGAUCAUGAUCAGCUCCAUGGGCAUCGUUUCCAUGAGUAUAUCCUACUGCCCCUACGCCCUUCUAGGCCAGUAUCACGACAUCAAGCAGUAUAUCCACCAUAGCCCUGGGAACUCAAAGCGAGGUUUUGGCAUAGACUGCGCCAUCCUGUCCUGCCAAGUCUACAUCUCCCAGAUCCUGGUGGCCUCUGCGCUGGGAGGAGUGGUGGACGCUGUGGGCACCGUGCGGGUCAUACCCAUGGUGGCGUCGGUAGGGUCUUUCUUGGGCUUCCUGACGGCCACGUUCCUGGUGAUUUACCCCAACGUCGGCGAGAGCCCGAAGGAAGAGCAGAAAGGUCUGGCGCCUCCCGAGGCGGCCGAGAGUGGCGGUGAUGUGGAUGGGGAGAAGCCGACCGUGAUAAAGCUCUCUCGGAAAGAAGCCUCCAUGGCGGAAGUGGAAAACGAGUCGGCCGUUUGAGCGAGCCGCCGCCAUUUGCACACAUUCCAAGCCGUUUCAGGUGCAUGAAUCGGGACGUUCUUGCAAAGCGGAAUCUGAACUUUUCAAAGGACAUCCUUGCUGCAGCAUCAGAUUGAAAUGGUUCUUUCAUGCAAAAAUGUAGAUGAAAUUCCAUAGUCUUAGGGUAGCCUUGAAUAGGUAGCUUUGAUGCUGAUUGCUUUCUCUACAAUCCAGAAAAAUCUCCUUUCUUAGAGGUAUUUUUAAUGGCGAGAAAAUGCGUUUCCGGGGUGACUUUUAUUGAUGGGCAGGAAAACGUUCUUGUGUGGUUUGCUUUGUUUUGUUUUUUUAGACCACAUGGCGGUUUUUCAAAAUUCUCAAAUUACCCAUUUGGACAGUUUUAUUUCCCUUCCGCCAGCACCACCAUUUUU